AUGGCAAAAGUGGCCGCAAUUGGUAUUGAUUUGGGAACCACUAACUCGUGUGUUGCAGUAUUUGAACAUGGUAAAGCUGAGAUAAUAGCGAACGACCAUGGUCAGCGCACCACACCAUCGUAUGUGGCUUUUACUGACAGCGAAAGACUCAUUGGAAACGCGGCUAAGAAUCAGGUGUCGAUGAAUCCGUCCAACACUGUCUUCGGGGCCAAGCGUUUGAUUGGCCGCCGAUAUGACGACCAAUCGGUUCAGUCAGAUGUGAAGCACUGGCCGUUUGAUGUGGUCUCCGAUGGCGGCAAACCUAAGAUCAGAGUCAACUAUAGGGGAGAGUCGAAGUCAUACUUUCCCGAAGAGAUCUUAUCGAUGGUAUUGGCGAAGAUGAAGGAGACCGCAGAGGCAUAUCUGGGCCAAUGCGUGACCAAUGCUGUGGUAACAGUUCCCGCGUAUUUCAAUGACAGCCAAAGACAGGCCACUAAAGACGCGGCGACUAUAAGCGGUCUGAAUGUAUUGCAAACCAUUAAUGAGGCGACGGCUGCGGCCAUUGCUUACGGUUUGAAGACACGGCACAUGAAAGGACAGGGAGAGCGGAAUGUGUUGAUCUUCGACUUAGGCGGCGGUAAUUUGGAUGUUUCCAUACUUACCAUCGAAGACGGUAUCUUCGAAGUGAAGGCAACGGCCGGAGACACACAUUUGGGCGGAGAAGACUUCGACAAACGAAUGGUUAAUCAUUUCGUACAGGAAUUCAAACGCAAACAUAAGAAGGAUUUGGCGGUUAAUAAGCGAGCGCUGAGUCGGUUGAGGACGUCCUGCGAACGGGCGAAGAGAACCCUUUCGUCAUCGACUCAGGCGUCCAUUGAAAUCGACUCUCUCUUCGAGGGAAUCGACUUUUACUCGACUAUAACGAGAGCCCGAUUCGAAGAACUGAACGCCGAUCUGUUCCGAUCGACAUUAGAUCCGGUAGAGAAGUGUCUUCGGGACGCGAAGCUGGACAAAGCGCAGGUCCACAACAUAGUACUGGUCGGGGGGUCAACACGUAUACCUAAGAUCCAGAAGCUGUUGCAGGACUUCUUCGAUGGCAAAGAACUGAACAAAAGCCUUAAUCCGGACGAAGCGGUCGCAUACGGAGCGGCAGUUCAGGCGGCGAUUCUUAACGGCGACAGGAGUUCGGCCCUUCAGGAUAUGUUACUGUUGGACGUGACGCCCCUCUCGUUGGGCGUGGAGACGGCGGGCGGAGUGAUGACCACUUUUAUCAAACGCAACACAACGAUUCCCACCCGACAGAUACAGACAUUGACCACGUAUUCAGACAAUCAGCCCGGAGUCCUCAUUCAGGUGUAUGAGGGCGAGAGAGCGAUGACUAAAGACAACAACCUUUUGGGCAAAUUCGAGUUAACAGGCAUUCCUCCCGCGCCCAGAGGUAUGACAAAGAUUGAGGUGACCUUUGAUAUCGACUUCAAUGGUAUUCUCAACGUCUCGGCCGUCGACAAGAGUACCGGAAAGGAGAACAGGAUUACCAUUACUAACGAUAGAGGAAGGCUUUCUAAGGAAGACAUUGAAAGAAUGGUUAGAGAGACCGACGCUUACAAAGAGGAGGACGACAAACAAAAGGAAAGAAUUGAGGCCAAGAAUGGACUCGAAUCGUACGCUUUCAACAUCAAGUCCACAAUUCAAGAGAUUGCGGACAAAGUGAAUGAUGUGAUCAAAUGGUUGGACACAAACCAAUUGGCAGAGAAGGAUGUGUUUGAACGCAAUUUAAUAAUUAUCACUAAAUUCUUAUUU